AUGGUGAUAUCCAAUAUUCUGUUGAGAAACAAGGAAAAGUACGAACCUGUGGUGUCCCAUCUUCAACUUUUGAUCAAGUCAUAUAUUCAAGAAGUUGGAAUGAUGGAUGUGGAGAUUGCCACUGUUUUGAGGCAAAAACUAAGUACUGUUCCGAAGGAAGCUCUGAAAGACUUCCAAAAGCUCAAGCUAGGAAAAAAUUUCAAGGAAGGAUGGUUUGUGAUGUACACGUCUAGAGAUCAUCCAGGAGCAGAUCGACACAAGUUAUACUUUCAUCUUGAAGACAAACACUUAUUUACUACUUCCUGUCUGGAGUUUAUUUUGGAGCUGGUUGCGAAGUUUAGAGGAAACAACAAGGACAAUGUAAAGUGUUUCACUGGUGUGAUCACUUGGUAUAUUCAAGUUCGCAAGCUUCUGUUGAGAUUCACUCCCAAAGUCUAUAAAGUGUAG